AUGAGAACCAGCGUCGAGGCUGCUGGAGCGUCGGUGGCAGUGGGGGCGCGGGUGUGGAUCCGUGCUCCGGAAGACUGUCGUGAUGAGGUUUGGGUGAAGGGCGAAGUGUUGGAAGGCGGUCGCGAAAUGCGGCUCGAGUUGACGGAUGAGGUGGUAGCGGUGCCGGAGGAGUUUUUGAUCUGUAACGACGAGGUGAUGACGUCUAGUGGCAUUCAGUCGUUGGAUGACUUGACUCAGUUGACGCACUUGCAUGAGGCAGCAAUCCUUAACUCGCUGAACGGGCGGUUUGAUGCGGAUGCCAUCUACACGUACACUGGUCCCAUCCUGAUCGCCGUGAAUCCUUUUAAACGGAUUCGUGGGUUGUACGAUGAUGAGAUUUUGCGGCGUUAUAUUGACAAGGCCUACGAGCAAGUCUACUCUGUGGAACGUGUACCGCACGUGUUUUCUGUAGCCGUAGAAGCCUAUCACGGUUUAUGUCGAGGCACUGCGAGUGGAAGUAAGACUGGUGCCGCGAAGUCGGGAGGGAACGAUCAAACGAUUCUCAUUUCUGGGGAGUCGGGUGCGGGAAAAACGGAAUCGACGAAAUUCGUAAUGAAGUUGCUCGCAAUGGCCGGUAGUUCAGAAGACAAAAAGUCUACUAUCGAGAAUCAGGUGUUACAAUCAAAUCCAUUAUUGGAGGCUUUCGGUAACGCCAAGACACUGCGCAAUGACAACAGUUCCCGUUUCGGGAAAUUUAUUGAGAUGCAAUUUACUCUUGAGCAAAGCAUCAAGUACGCAGGUGUGAUAGGACGACUCUCCGGUGCCGAAAUCCACACCUACUUGCUGGAGACGGUACGUGUAUGUCGACAGCUAUUGAAUGAGCGUAAUUUCCACGCCUUUUACCAGCUAGCAGCUGCUGUACGCCUGGGCCCCACUUUCACCUUGACGCCGGAAAUGGUUGAUGAGUGUCUCGGUCUGAACGGUGAAGGCAAGGUGAUGAAUACGGUGCUGGCCCAGCCAGUGACAUACGACUUUUCAUCGUUCGAAGAAAUGCUUUCUAAUCGGUACGUAUCAUGUUCCGGUUGUGUGAGUAUUCCAGGCGUAGAUGACUUGGAUGAGUUCAAGCGCACAUGCAUAGCCAUGACGACCGUGCAGAUUACGCCUGAAGAGCAGCAGCAUAUGUGGCAGUUACUGGGGACCAUUUUGUUGUUGGGUAGCAUCUAUUUCUCUUCAAGUGGACCAUCGGUGGAGUCCUGUAAGGUAGACGCUUCAAUGAGAGAGAACCUUGAGACCGUGUCGGGACUGUUAGGAGUCAAGCCGGAUUUGUUAGAGAAGGCACUCACGACUCGUAUGAUCAUUGUCCAAAGGGAGAAGUACACCAAAGGUCUUACCGUCGACCAAGCGGAAGAUGCACGAGACGCUCUAGCUAGAGCCCUGUAUCACACGAUGUUCCAACGCAUCGUACGAGCUACCAAUUCAUCCAUCGGACGUAGUGGCAAUGUUGAACACUCAGACCUCAUAGCCACCCCUACCCCCGAUACCUCGGCAGCCGAAUCAAGUCCUGACUCAAAUACACUCGUCCACUCCAAACCAUCUGUAGUGUCUUGUGGUGUCUUAGAUAUUUUCGGUUUCGAAUGCUUCGAUGUAAAUUCAUUUGAGCAACUGUGUAUUAAUUACACUAACGAAAGACUCCAGCAAUUCUUUAACAUGUUUAUCUUCAAGUGCGAAGAAGUACUGUAUAAAGAAGAAGGCAUUCAAUGGGACCCUCUUGACUUCCCGGAUAACCAAGAUUGUGUCGACUUAUUGGCAACCAACAAGUUGUCUAUCCUGUGUAUGCUGGAUGAGGAAUGUAUCAUUCCUAAAGGGAGCGAUCAGAGUCUGUGUAGUAAGCUGAAAGAGCAGUACAAGACGCACAAAAGAUUUAAGCCUAUCAAGACCCGUCAGGACUGGUUUGUAGUCGACCAUUUUGCAGGACCUGUUAAUUAUUGUUCCAAAGGUUUCCUGGAUAAGAAUCGAGACCAACUUGGAGUAGAUAUACAGGACUGUAUCAAGGCCAGCGAAAACAGGUUUAUUAGCCAUCUGUUCAACAACUAUCUGGACAGAGGACAUCCCCCUGCCGCCUCAGGAGGUUCCGCGGGUAAGAUGACCAAGAAGAAGCUUAUGACUGUCUCUCUCGAAUUCCGAAAUCAACUAAAUUCACUCAUGGACACUAUUGACAAAACAGACCCCCAUUUCAUUCGAUGCGUUAAACCAAACCCGAAGAACAAAGCGGACUUGUUCCAUCGACCGUCUGUGGCUGAACAAUUGAGGUAUGCUGGUGUCCUGCAAGCCGUACAAGUCAGUCGAGCUGGCUACCCAGUGCGAGAUACGCAUGUGAGUUUUUGGCAGAAUUAUCGAUGUCUGCUACCAAAACAACUCCGCCAACAACUACAGACCGAGUCAUCAGGCUCCAUGAGUGACCGGGAGAGGGCCACUGUGUGUUUGAAGAGCCUGGAUCAGUUUUACAAUAUCCCAAAAGCACCCCAUGGCGACGGCUAUUCUUGGGCGGUUGGGGAGACGAUGAUUUUCCUCAAGUCACAGGCGUACGCUGUACUCUCAACGAAGAGCGCAGAACGCAGACAGGAGGCAGUCAAACAGAUUCAGGCAGUAUGGAAUGGCGCGCGCACACGACGAUGGUAUGUGGCUGCGCGUGAGGCGAUUCUGACCAUCCAGUGUGCGGUAAGAAGCCGGCAAGCGCGAACCUUAACACAACUGCGGCGUGAAGCGCGCGCAGCCCUCACCAUAACACGGAUUGCUCAAGGCUUUUUGGUUCGUGUUAGCCAACGCUCGAAACACAAGUCUGCCACCGCCAUCCAGAGACGUAUACGCGGCAUCCAAGGUCGAGCGUACGUCAAAAAUCUCAAAGAGCACAAAGCGGCAACUAAACUCCAAGCCUGGCUACGAUCCCGAUGCCAGCAAAUCUGGUACCGUAAGGUUCACGCCUCCAUCGUCGCCAUCCAACUGAAACAGAAACGUCUCGUCGCAAAACGAAAACUACAGGAAUUGCGUGCGGAGGCAAGGAACACAUCCAGCCUGCAAAACAAAGUCAACGACCUACAAAAGGAGCUCACCGAUGCCAAGAGUAGGAUACAACAAUUGGAGGCUCUCAACAGCGCCACAGGUCAAGAAUUGACCGACCUGAAACUCAAGAAUAAAAAACUUCAACUUGAUCUCGAUUCCGCACAGACCGCUCUUCACGAAGCACAAAAUGCACGGCACUCUGCCGAAGACGCUCUACGAGUCUCUGAAGAGGCACUACGCGCCGCCGACGUUGCAAUACAGGACUUACAACAGGCCCCCGGUGCGGCCAGCAUGGUCGGAACACCGACCGCCGGGACUUUCUCCGCUGGGGCCCCCGCCCACGCAGUCGCUGGGACUCCCACCGCUGGCGGUGGGACCCCCACCGCCCUCAGGGCCGUCGCGAGCCCGGUUGCGAGGGCGGCGGAUUUGGAGACGAUUCAACGGUUGCAGAACGAGGUUGCGGAACUGCACAAGCUCAUUGACCAAUUCCGGGGGACGGGUAGCGUCUAUUCCACGGACGUUUCUCGCGAUGCUUCCCGCGAUGUUUCCCGACAGGUAUCAGAUGAAGAUGGCCCAGGCGCGAUUGACGCGCGGGCGCGAGCGGGUGCUUCCGGCGGACGUCCUGUGGACGAGGCCGGGACACGAGACAUGUCCAAGACGCCACUAAAAGCAGCAGGUGAGGAGGGUAAGAGUUGUACAUCCCCGGUCACGACUGUUCCUACAGAGACCCAUCGGCACCCCAGCGCAGAUUCGGAGGCUCCGCGGACCGAGGAAGUGGCAGCGGAAACAGCGGCAGCGGAACCGGCGGCAGCACAGGCGACAACAGUGGACGCUGGCGCCGUAAGUUCCACCGACAGCGAAGAUGAAGCGUGGGAAGCCGAGCGACAGAAACUGGAGGCCGAGGCAACGCAUGCGCGCCGAGAACUGGAGACGCUCCAGAACACUCUGAGGACCGAGGUCGGCGGCAAUCAGGAGUACCUCGACUGCGUCCUGAAGGUGCUGAAGAAGGAGGGCCAAGUACCGCUGCCUGAUGUUCUGUUUUGUUGCAGUGACUUGGAGGCACUGGUUCAGAACGUCUUUGUCGCACAUUUGACGAGCCAUAUAACUCAUGACGAGCUGAACAUGGACCGGCUCAAAGCCAUUGCCCACGCCCCGCUAUGGACUCCGCCACCCGCCGAUGGUCAGAGUGCUGAGUCGGUGCAGAACGCGCAGACUGGUCAGACGGAGAAACAGCCGAAGCGGGAGUUGGACAUGUUGUUCGUUAGAGACAAUACUAUGUCGACGUUGAAGGUUGCGUUGUAUCGUCCUGGUGAGAUGGAGCAGUUGUUGGACACGCCGGAGUAUAAGCCGUCGCCGACUCGUUUGCGUUCGUCUACUGUUGUAUUUUUCAACCCGGUUUUGGAAAGUGCGGAGCACACACGUGUGUGGUCCAAGGUUUCAUCGCAAGGUUCCGUAGGGCGAGUGAUUUUGGUGGACAGGAAGCUGGAUGCGUCGGUUGUAAACUAUUGUGCUAAGGAGUAUGCGUUGAAUCUGGCGCCGGCUUCGGCGAUUUUGCCAUGGUUGCAACAUACGACCAAAUCGAUAUCGGCGGAGAAGAUUUGUCUUGUCAAAUCUUUGCAGGAUCUGAAGGAGACACUGCGGACGAAAACGCCAAAGUCAGCUGGGAGUCGGAACAAGACUUCCAACCCCGUGACGGAAUUGAUUCAUAUGAUCCCGUCGCUUUUUAGCGGCGGCAACGGCAAGAGUACGAAGAGCGGGUUUCCUCGUAAGUCGGCGGGCCUGGCGACCUACGGUAUUCUAGAGGACAGCCUGCCCCCAGCCCACGCAGCGGGCCACGCAGCGGGCCACGGAGGUUCCGUGGCAGCUGGAGGUUCGAGUGUCGGUACCGGACCGGGUGUGGCGAGUCCGAAGACGGGUAGUAGCGCGUCUGUAUGGCAAGAGAUGCAGGUGCCGAACAAGGCAGCGGUGACAUGUGUAUGUUUCGCGCCAGUGCAUUGUACACGACGGUUUUUCCUGUUGUGUGCGGGGACAAAGUCAGGUGCAGUGUACGCGUUUAAGGUGGCGAUGACAGAGCGUGAGAGGCAAAAGUAUGAGCCUGGUCCAUACCUGUUUGAGCAAGAGGCUAAUGACGCCAUUGAGAAGGAAUGGCGAGAGCCUCCAGAGCAGUAUGUUCGAUUGUGGAAGCCUUUGGAUGGACAUGAGAGAGCGGUGACAUCAAUGUUUUUUUCACAGGAAGGCGAGUAUCUCAUCACUACCUCCGUGGAUUGCAGUGUCCGUUUCUGGGAUUAUCGUCAUGGUUACCCGGCAAAGAUCUUUUCUGAUUCGGUACCGAUUUUGGUGGCAAAGAUGAUGCCUACCAAUCCGAAAUGUUUCUUCACGUCUAAUGCGAAGAGUGUUAUCCGUCUUGUUAAUUCCGAAGAGGGUCAGGUGGUGCAGCGUAUGAAAGUGGAUAGUGAAAUAAGGGCCAUUUGCUUUGAUGUGGCUGGACUAAAUAUGCUUGCGGGUACUAAGGAUGGUUCCAUCGCUACUUAUGAAGUAGGUGAAGACAGCAAAUUACAGUACCUUGAUAAAGUCAGUAUGGGCAGCACACAAUCUGCUGUUACCAGUGUUCUCUUCGUACCUGGUGCACCUAACCAUCUAGUAGUCAAUCUUGCAGAUAAUUAUAUUAUAACCUGCCAGAUCAAUUACGGACUAACAUCUUGCUCAAUCAACAAGGUCGUCGUUAAAAAACGAAUUAAGAAUCCACAUAACUGUCUACCAAUCACUUCCUGUCUUAUUCGACAGGAAGAUUAUUGCGUUUGUAUUAGUGCUAGUGAGGAUCAUAAACUCAAAGUCUUAGCAUUUAAUGACAACGAUUUUGAAGUCGUCGAAGAACUUAAAGGACAUAGCUAUGCGACCCUGUCGGUGACUACAACUAACACAAAAUCACUUCUUGCUUCAAGCGACGUUGUAGGACUUAUCAAGCUUUGGAGAAGUUAG